AUGGCAGCAAUCCGACUCUUGAUGCAGCAAGCUCCGUCAUGUGACAUCUUCUCCGGAUUCAGCCCGGAGGUUAGCACUGGGUAUUCGCCUGCAGUGCGGAUGGGAGAGGCCCAGACGCAGUCGAACUUCAUGCAACAAGCAUCAAAAGAGCUUCCAGAUGCAGGAAGCACCCCGCGAUUCUUGCUCUCUCCCGUCUCAGACAGCAAUGUUCUCGCGACUACACCACCACACAUCCCCGCCCCGGUGUCAACAAUCACGGGACGAGCACCAAUGAGCCAGCCAGAGCCAUCAGCUAGAGGGUCCGAAGCUACGACCACCCUGCCGAUAUCACUGCAGUUACCUCCAGAGAACAGGCCUUUCCCCCAAGGUCACCUACUCUUGGAACUUUCCACCAUUCACAACCAGUUAUGUGAGCUACACGUAUCUAGCCCUACUCUUUCUGGCAGAGAAAGAGAGGGGGCUAUGUGCGCUGGUGCUCAUCCCCAAUUAAGCGGGUGUACAAAUGCGGACACUCGCUUCUCGAUGGACAGCAUGUUCCAGCUGUCCAAGCAUCUGGUUCAGGUACUACAAGGCUUAUGCUGGAUCGACCCACCAUCACAGUACCCUGGUCCAUAUUGCAGUGACCAGGAUUCCGUAAAUCCUUGCCUCGAUGCGGCUACCAUCCUUUUGAUCCUGUCGUGUUGCACUCGUCUUGUGGAGGUUUACCGAGAUGUGGUACAUAUCGAGACGACACAGGACCAUUCGCAUGGGAACUUGCGAUUAUGGUCACUACCUCCUGUCUCACUGGGAAGUUUCCAGCUGGCCGCAGACAAUUCAAUAGAAUUGAUCGUUACGCUUCGCCUUGUCAAAGACUUCUGCUCGAGUCUCAUAAGUACAAUUGUCUUUCUUCAAAGGCACCCUCCCCAAGGAUUGCCAGGUGCUAUUGGUGCUAUUCUGACACACUCCCUGGCAAUGAUGAUGGAAACCUCAAAGGAAAUCAAGGACACAACAGACAGCUUGAUAAAAGAACUUGGAAGGGACGAUACUGUGACCACUGAUCCCUACCAGACAGCUUUGCUGUCAUCCAUUCUACCAACCCCAGGUGAGAGAAGGAGGUCUCAGACCCAGGUUGCUUUUGGCCAUUCAAAGUGUGGCAGCAUGAAGGGGGUGAGCACCACUGCUUUUCUUCCUGCACAAACGGAUUUCCGAACCACUCCCCUGGGUCCAGCUCGAAGAGGGACUGAGGUCACUCUCACUUUGCGCUCAAAACUUAAGACAGCCAUGUCGUACAAAAAGCCUCCUCUGGAGCCCAUUGCCAUUGUGGGAACGGGCUGCAGGUUUGCAGGUGGUGUGAACAGCCCUUCACAGCUCUGGGCACUACUCUCUGAACCGGAUGACUUGGCAAAGGAGGUUCCUGAAGACCGCUUCAGCGCCAAGGGAUUCUACCAUCCUGAUGGAGAGUAUCAUGGCACCACCAACUCCAUCAAAGCGUACUGGCUGGAGCAAGACUUUCGAGUCUUUGACGCCGCUUUCUUCAAAAUCACCCCCAAGGAAGCAGAGGCAAUGGACCCACAGCAGAGAAUGAUACUUGAAGUUGUGUAUGAGGCCCUAGAGUCGGCUGGAUACACUCUCAACCAGCUGUCUGGACAGAAAGUGGCCGUCUUUGCCGGUCUCAUGACCUCUGACUACGACAGCAUGUCCCAGAGAGACGAGCUCACUGCGUCUCAAUACUAUGCCACAGGAAAUGCCCGGUCCAUCCUAUCCAACCGCAUCAGCUACUUCUUCAACUGGCGCGGCCCCUCGAUGACCCUCGACACUGCAUGCUCGUCGAGUCUUGUCGCGUUGCACCAGGCAGUCCUCAGUCUGCGCGCCGGCGAGAGCACAAUGGCGUGUGUGGCUGGCGCUAACCUGAUGCUCACCCCUGAGCAAUUCAUUGUCGAGUCCAAUCUGCACAUGCUGAGUCCCACCGGCCACUCUCGAAUGUGGGAUGCCGACGCCGACGGCUACGCCCGUGGCGAGGGUAUUGCGGCCAUUUUCAUCAAGCCCCUGUCGCAGGCGCUGAAGGAUGGCGACGUCAUACAGGCAGUGAUCCGAGAGACAGGCGUCAACUCAGACGGCCGUACUCAGGGCAUCACGAUGCCGAACCCUGAGGCCCAGACAGCUCUGAUUCGGGAGACUUACCGGCGCACGGGUCUUGACUCUCGAGACCCCGAGGAUAGGUGCCAGUACUUUGAAGCACAUGGUACUGGAACACAGGCCGGGGAUCCCAGGGAGGCGGCGGCCAUUGAAGACGCAUUUUUCGGUGAGGUGGCACAACUAAGCAAGACUGAGGGAGCUUCCAACAACGACAAAGAACAUGAGAAGCUCCUUGUUGGCUCAGUAAAGACGAUCAUUGGUCACGUUGAAGGCGCUGCUGGACUAGCGGGCUUGUUGAAAGUAGUGCAGUCCAUGCAAAAGGGACAUGUUCCUCCCAACCUGCACCUUGAGAAGCUCAACCCGAGUGUGCAACCGUUCUGCGCAAAGCUGAAAGUGCCCACGACCCUUGUCCCGUGGCCUUCGGCCCCAAGUGGCCAGCCACGACGAGCGAGCGUCAACUCGUUCGGCUUCGGAGGCACCAACUCGCAUGCCAUUGUGGAGUAUUAUGUUCCUGAGAUUCAUGAUGAGGUCGCCAAGCUCUUUGCAACAGAACUUGUCUUGCCGGUCCAGCUAGUGACUUCCACUGCAUCUUAUGAGAAGCAACUUCAAGUCCCGAUCUUCCUUUCCGCCAACUCACCAGCCUCGCUGCGAGGCAUUGCCGGAAAGUACCUGAAAUACAUCGAAGCUCACAUGGAUGUCAACCUUGGACAGCUCGCACUGAACAUGCUUACCCGAAGGACUGCCCAUCCUUACCGGGUUGCUGUCUCGGGCGGCUCAAAAUACCACACCAUCAUGUCGUUGAGGUCUUUGUGCAACGACACUCAGCAGACCAGGGCAAGGAUCGGCCACCGUGCCCGUCAGAUCAUAGGAAAGCCCCGCAUCCUUGGAAUCUUCACCGGCCAGGGAGCUCAGUAUGCUAUGAUGUCCAAGGACCUCUUUCAGACCAACCAGAUUUAUAGGAACGCGAUCCAGAGUCUCGAUUCCAUCCUGGAAGAGUGCCCAGAUCCACCUAUAUGGUCCCUCGAAGGCGAAAUCAUGGCCGGUGCAGAGUUUUCUCAAGUUGGUGUGGCAGCCAUAUCUCAGCCGUUGUGCACAGCCUUGCAGAUUGGCUUGGUCGAGAUUGCACGGAGUCUCGGUGUAGAGUUCGCCUGUGUCGUCGGUCACUCCUCGGGUGAGAUUGCGGCAGCUUACGCUGCAGGCCGGCUCACCGCCAAGGAAGCCAUCCUCAUCGCCUACUACCGUGGAGCUUGUGCUCACUUGGGUGCUGGCUCUCAAGGCGAGAAGGGAGGUAUGUGUGCCGUCGGCAUGUCCAAGGCCGAGGCCGAAGAGCUUUGUGCGCAACCGGAAUACAGCGGUAGGCUGUGUGUUGCCGCCAGCAACUCGCCAUCCAACGUUACCAUCUCAGGAGAUGCUGACGUGCUGCGGGACAUGGAAGAAGAACUUAGGGGAAAGUGGUUUGUCCGUCAGCUCCAGGUUCAGAAUGCUUACCACUCGCACCACAUGCAAGUCCCUGCCGAAGAGUACAUUAAGUCUCUUGAGGCAUGCAUGAUCUCCCCACAGCCAGGCAACAAGACCAUCUGGGUGUCAAGCCUGGAUCCCGAGUCGGCCACGAACGACCUCACAACUUUGCAAGGCCAGUACUGGGCGGACAACAUGUUGAAGCCCGUUCUCUUCAAUGAGGCGGUGAGCCAAGCCUUGAGAGAUCUUGAUCCUUUCGAUUGUGUCUUGGAGAUUGGACCCCAUCCGGCUCUCAAAGGCCCAACUCGGCAGAUCAUCGAAGCCCACCAAGGCACUUUUCUGCCAUACAGUGGAAUGCUAGAUCGCAAGCAUGAUGAUCACACUGCGCUCGCAGACUUUAUAGGUUUUCUUUGGACUCACUUCGGCCCGGAUUCAAUUGAUGUGCCUCGACUUCUUGAGACAUCGGGUCAUCCCGGUCUGCUUGCCCUACCACCCUUGCCGGACCUCCCGACGUACCUGUGGGACCAUUCACAGGUCCACCAUCGCGAAUCCAGGGUCUCUCAACAAUACCAAGCAAGACAGGAUCCGCCCCACGAGCUGCUCGGAGUUCGGACCAGAGAUGACACAGACCAAGAACUGCGGUGGCGCAAUGUCUUGAAGAUCGACAAGCUGCCGUGGCUCGAAGGCCACAAGUUUCAGGGCCAGGUUCUCUUGCCGGCCUCGGCGUACUGUGUCCUUGCGAUCGACGCUGCCAAGGUCCUUCUCAAAGAUCGGAAGGCCUCUCUGAUCGACCUGGAGGACCUAGAGUUCUUGAGCGGUAUCACCAUCGAGCCGGAAUCCGAGGGUGUGGAGAUAUUGUUUACACUGCAGCCACAGACGAACUUGGCUAAGGACCAAGGAGAGAUCAAGGCGUCGUUUACACUAUCCCAUGCCCCAGUGGGAGGCACGUCCCCGAUGAAGCUGAGUUUCACGGGAAAGUGCACUGUCUACCUCGGCUCAGAGGAUGCUCUUCCCGCGAGAAAGAUGGUCCAGCCCGAGACACUGGCAGUCAGCACCGAGGCCUUCUACCAGACAAUGGCUCGUAUUGGUCUAGACUACUCAGGCCCCUUCAAGUCUAUGACUUCUUUGGAGCGACGGCUUGGCUAUGCAAAGUGUGAGCUGCAGAGGUUCCACAAGGAGGACACCACAACCCUGUCCACUAGCCCUGCCACAUUGGACAGCUGUCUGCAGGCAUGCUUCGCAACCUUCUCCUCUCCGGGAGACAAUGCUUUAUGGACCUCAUUCCUCCCAAAGUCCAUCCGGAGACUUCACUUCAAUGUGGCAGCUACCAAAGUCUUCCCUGUUUCCAAGCAACUUGUCGUUGAGGCAGUUCAGACAAAGCUUACUCCGAUCUCCCCGGCCGCAUCAACAAGCAUCACCGGUGAUGUCCAUAUCUAUGGCAAGCGUGGCACGCUGGAGAUCUUGGUGGAGGAUCUCACGGUGAGCUCCUUUGUCUCCACGAAGCCACGGGAUGACUACGAGUUGUAUCUGCACACGGUGAUGCAAAUGGACCCGGAAGAUGGAAUGUCCUCCAUCUUGACUCUGUUCGAAGAACACGUUCGUCAACAGUUCGUGGAGACCUUUCAACGAGUCUGUCGCUUCUACUUGCACCAGAAUCACCCAGCCUCCGUCGUCGAUUCCUUGGGGAUGGACCCAGUCACGGACACGCUGCCGCUAGACGAUGAGGCUACAGUCCAGCGCAUCAUGCUGGAAUCGCCGUUCUUUCCUGUCUUGGAGUCGUCCCGGAAGUUGGCACUGAAUGCUCCAUACGUGCUGGGCCGUAAGAUAUCCCUCAUGUACGCUCCAGCCCUGAGCCACCACCUCUAUCAGCAGCGCGUCAUGGACAAAAUCUCCCAGGUCGCGCACAAGUAUCCUCAGAUGAAUGUGUUGAGCUUCACGGACCCGAACAUGGGCCUGACCGAGUGGAUUCUCAAGUCCCUGGGGACUUCCUUCAAGUCUUGCACCAUAGGCUCUCGCCUGGAGAAGAACCUCUGGCACCGUGUGGAGAAGACAGAAGUACUUGAGCGAAAGCUCAAGUUCACCGAGUUGGACCUGGACAAGAAGUUGGCGGACCAACUGGAUCCCGGCUUCAAGUUUGAUCUUGUCAUCUUGUCGGGCACGGUCAUCGAGGGUCGCGACAUGUCUGAAUUCCUCUACGAGGUCAAAGAUGCAAUGGCUCCUGGAGGCUUCUUCUUCGUUUCGCACGUUGGGGGUCUGCCGCUUAAGGAGCGGCUGGAGAUAUGUGAGGAGGAUCCGCCUCUUAUGGAUGGAAUCUUGACCCCUCCAGAGUGGCCAGACCGCUUUCGCCAAGUUGGGUUUGUUGACGAGCCGGAGAAAGGCUAUUUCGACGUGACCGGCCUAGCCAAUAUGGGCUUCUCUCUCACCAUUGUCCAGACACCUUGUCCAUUCAAAGCAGCCAUGCGUGAGCCACUCGACGGUCUGCAACCGACACCACAGUCCAAGGAUGUCAUCAUCAUCGGUGGUGGCACUACGCAGACAAGGAACCUGAUUCGGCAUUUGGAGAAAGUGCUGCGGCCGUCCUGCGGAAAACUCCAAUCUCUUCCAUCACUCGCAGCUGCUGAGACGCUGAGUGCAUGCACGGCUGUCAUCAUUCUUGGUGAUCUCGAUGGCCCGUUGUUGUCGUCCAUGGACGAACAUCACCUCGAGGCGCUCAAGUCCAUAUUGAAGCCCGACAUGGUCAUCCUCUGGGUGACCGACGGAGCCACCAGCAGAAACCCGGAAUCGGCUGCUUCGUUUGGUUUUGCCAGGACUGUGCUGGCAGAGACACCAGGACUGGUUUUGCAGAUGCUCGACUUUGACGAGCUGACAGUUUAUUCCCGCGAUAUCAUCGCCGAGAGCUUUGCUCGUCUCAUGAGGCUCUCGGAACAAAACCAGCAAAGCACUCUAUGGACGUUCGAGCCUGAGGUCUAUAUCUGCCGUGAGAAGCGAUUCGUCGCUCGCGUGAUGCCUUACGAUCUGGCCAACAUGAGAGUCAACGCCGUGAGGCGAGUUGUUGAGGCUGAGGUGAACACUCUGGCUAAUGUUUUUGCCAUCAAGGCCCAGAAGAAUGCUGGCGUCUUUAAGUGCUAUACCAGUGCCAUUAUUGAGCCUCUUCAAGGCCAUGCCUCUGGUGUUGGCGUUCUGCAGCUGCGUGUUAUGUACAGCACUGCGCACCAAUUCGUUGUUAGUACCGACAACUCGUUCUUCAUCUGCCUGGGAACAGACGCAAACAAGCCCAACGAUGUUGGCCUUUACAUCGCAAUGUCGACCAGGAACGCCUCUUACAUUGAGGUCCCCGCUUCUCUGGCAGUCUCUGUGAAGGCGGAUCUGUCCAAAGGCCGCUUCGAUUGCUUCAAGUUUAUGAACCUCGUGCUGCGAGCGCUCCAGGCCGCGGUGGUCGCCGGCAGCCGCAAUACGAAACACGUCAUUAUUGUGCUGGAUGAUGAGAUGCUCGCAAGGACUAUUCCAGAGUUGGCGCAGUCGAUGGGUAUGACCCUGCCGAUGCUGUUUGUUUCCUCUGAACACCCUCACGCUCUCCACCAGGGUUACGUCCACCCCAACGCCUCGGCUCGCGAGCUACGGUCGUUUAUCUCCCAGCCCAACACCCGCGUGUACGACUUUUGUGAGCAGAAGCGGGUGAAGAAUCUGGCCGAUGCCGUGGCCCACUGUAAGCUCUCCGAGCUCCGACGGCCUUUUGAUCUGCAAGCGCCCACUGCGCAAGAACAGCUCGAUAUUUCCAUAUUUGAACAAGGGCUGUUCGAAAACAUCGUUGAUCUUGCGCUACAGGAGGUCAACAACGCGUGCAAGACUGCCUCUACUUCACUAGUCUCAGUCCCACAUCUGCUUGACGCCACGCAGCCGGUGAGCCAGUACACCCUCAUCAACUGGAAGGAUGAGCGGAUGGUCGGGACCCGUAUCAACUACUCCAUUGGACACAAUCUCCUCGAGGGAAAUUGCACCUAUGUGCUCGUCGGCAUCACCAAGGACCUCGGCCAGAGCUUGUGCACUCUCCUGGUCCAGCAGGGCGCUCGCAACAUCGUUCUGGCGAGCCGCAAUCCGAACAAGAACCCGCGGUGGGCACGCGAGCUGAAGCUGCAGGGAGUGAGGGUCGAGAUCGAGGCGCUGGAUGUCACGGACCUCUAUGCCGUUGAGAAGUUCAGAGAUCAUCUUAAGGAGACCAUGCCCCCCGUCGACGGGGUGGUCAAUGGUGCAAUGAUCCUGGACGACCGGGUGUUCUCGCAGAUGACGCUCGAGACCUGGCACCGCGUGAUGCGGCCCAAGACGGUGGGGUCCAAGAACCUGAGCAAGGUGUUUGACCAUCCCAGCAUGAGCUUCUUCGUCAUGACAUCUUCGUUUGCGGCGAUUGGUGGUCACGCCGGACAGUCCAACUACGCUGCGGCCAACAUGUACAUGAAUGGCCUCGCCGCCGAGCGGCGCCGACGCGGCCUGCGCGCCUCGGUCCUCAACAUCGGCGUCAUCUACGGCCUGGGCUUCCUUCACCGUGAGAAGGACAACCUCUACGACGGACUGGAGCGCGAGGGCUACCCGCCGAUUUCCGAGCGCGACCUACAUCACAUGUUUCUGGAAGCCAUCGUCAGUGGCCUAGACCUGACCACCGGCCUGCGGCGCUUUCGGGUCGACGACCCGAACCCGCUGCACUGGCACCGAGACCCGCGCUUCUCGCACUUUACGGUCGAGGGAGACGACACCAGCUCAGCGGGACAAGUCGGAGGGCAGGACGUGAAGAGCGUAGCCGAUCGGAUCAAGGGUGCGAGGGGCAAGCAGGAUAUCUUGGAUGUGGUCGUCGCGGCUCUGUCGCAACGACUGGAGACCUUACUGCGUCUGUCAACCACAACGGUCAUGGAGAGCAGCUUCGCCGAGAUCGGCAUCGACUCGCUGGUGGCGGUGGAGAUCCGCUCGUGGAUCUGGAAGACACUCGGCAAGGACAUGCCAGUGAUGAAGAUCCUGAGUGCCCCGAGCAUUCUGUCACCCAAAGAUAUCUCGCCCGCAAAAAGUUUCCGAUUGCCUGCCAUGUCGAUGCAGCCCCAGCACACAUUGUACCUCUGGAUCGAGGGCAUGUUCCCUCGUCGAAUUGUCUAUAGCUUAUUUCUAAAGGGCAUUGUCAGUUCCGCGACGCAACUUCGUCGCGGGGAGACGAACCACUCCUUUUUUCGCGUCGCACCCAUUACGAUCACGGAAAAGGGGUUCGUUGGAGGCAAGCCCGAUGGCAAGUCUCUGCCGUGCCUCAAAGUGGAAAACGAAGAAGACAACACGGUUGAGUGGAUUCACGAAAGCGGUGCAAUCCUUCAGUAUCUCGAAGAUCUCUUCCCCGACUCGACCCGGUUAACCCCUGCAACCAUUCUUCAGAAAGCGCAAACGAUGGACCUGUUCCUCAAGGUGGACAGCGCGACGGCCAACGGAGGUUUCUACCUCAAGAACGCAGCUGCCGUGACAGGCUCGUGGUCUGGCCUACCCGGGGAGCACCGGAGUCUGGACAUUGCUCGGUAUUGCAAGUCGCUGAUGAUGAACGACCUGCGAGCUCUGUUGGAAUGGGCCGGCCCAACACUGAGCAAGACCGGCUGGUUGACGCCGGGCCUGUCACGGCCCGGGAUGGUCGACGUGUCGCUGAUGGCCACCGCGCGCUACAUGUGGAUAUCGUACGCUUGGGACAUCUUUGAGGACGAGUCACUUGCGCCCUUGAAGAGAUGGCUCGGGAGAUUCAAGGAGCUGGAGUGGUGGGAUGAGCUUGAGGAGGACCCGGAGCACCAGCACCCUGCAUUCCUGGCGUAUUCUGCAGACUGUCGAGAGGUCUAG